AUGUUAGCUCGAGCUACCACCCCCAAGUCCCACCUCGGCCGCUAUCGCCUGUUAGCACCCACUGCCGGCGUUAAAGUGAGCCCACUAUGCCUGGGAUCGAUGAACUUCGGUGAUGGCUGGAAGCAAGGUCUCGGCGAAUGCAACAAAGAAACGUCUUUCCAGAUCCUGGAUACAUACUACGAGAACGGAGGCAACUUCAUUGAUACAGCGAACAACUACCAAGCUGAAGAAUCUGAGAAAUGGAUCGGCGAGUGGAUGGAAGUUCGCGGCGUGCGCGAUGAAAUCGUCCUCGCAACGAAGUAUACCUCGGCCUACCGCGCUCACAACCAGUCUGAGAUCCAGGCGAACUUCGUUGGUAAUAAUGCCAAGAGCCUGAAGCUGUCUGUCGAAGCGAGUUUGAAGAAAUUGAGAACGGAUUAUGUUGAUCUGCUCUACGUCCACUGGUGGGAUUUCAGUACUUCCAUCGAGGAGGUCAUGACCUCGCUCAACCAGCUAGUCUUGGCUGGAAAGGUUCUGUACUUGGGUAUCAGCGAUACACCAGCGUGGAUCGUGACCAAGGCGAAUCAAUACGCACGCGACCACGGCCUCCGCCCCUUCUCGGUGUACCAAGGCAAAUGGAACGCCGCAACCCGCGAUUUCGAGCGCGACAUCAUCCCCAUGGCCGCAUCCGAAGGAAUGGGCCUCGCACCGUGGGCUUCCCUCGGCGGCGGCUUAUUCAAAACCACCGCACAGCGAGAAGAGAUCGCCCGCGGGAACAAUCCCGGACGACAGAUUCCCGCCUCGGAGCGGGACAUUGCCGUGUCGAAGGUGCUGGAGGAUAUUGCUGCUCGACACGACACUGCGUUGACCAGCGUUGCGCUGGCUUAUGUGAUGCGCAAGGCGCCGUAUGUGGUCCCGAUUGUGGGUGGUCGUAAGGUUGAGCAUUUAUUGGGGAAUAUUGAGGGGCUUAAGGUUGAUUUAUCUGAUGAGGAUUUGAAGGAAAUUGAGGGGGCUUAUGAGUUUGAUAUUGGGUUCCCGAUGACCUUUUUGAGCCGGGGGGAUGAUGUCCCUGAGGCGCAUCCAGAGCGUUCGUCAUUUAUGAAUGCGACGGCUAAGUUUGAUUAUCCUGAUGUGGUGAGGGGUAUUCGGCCGAAGAAAUUGGAUGCUUGA